AUGAAGGAGUUGUUCGGUAAUGACUUUGCCUUAACCCGAGAGCGCUGGCUGCAGGAGUACGGACCAGCCAUCCGGUUCACGGGCAUGCUCAAUUUGGACCGCGUUCUCACUUUAGAUACCAGGGCACCGCAUCACGUCCUCACUUCACCAAUCUAUGAGAGACCUGCCGACGCUCGCGCCCACCUCAGGCGGAUCAUCGGUCCAGGCGUUUUAGUGGUUGAAGUGUUGGCCGCCCCAGAGACGUAUUAUGGUCAGGACCGUCGAACAUAUCGUCCUCUGCUCUGGCUGGUCCUCUCGCGCAAGACCACCGCGUUCGCUCCAGGACACAUCCGCGAGGUAACCGAGAUAUCCUUGACAAAGCUGCACAACGGCAAGCCCAGCUUCCGCCUCCUCCCCUUCCUCCAGGCCUGGAUCCCGCUCUUCUGGCUCUUCCCGGACGAGAGAACGCGCACGACCGCGCGCGCACAGGCGGUGAUGACGCGCAUCGGGAUGGCACUCCUCGCGGAGAAGAAGGCAAUCGCGCGCGCGGAGAUGCUCCAGCAGCGCGUCGACCGCAAAGCGAUGCAGGGCAUGGACCUGCUCAGCCGCCUCCUGCGCGCGAACAUGGCGGAGGACCUCCCGGAGAACCAGCGGAUGUCAGACGAGGACGUCAUUGCGCAUGAGUGGCCCUCUGCCCCCUCUGCUUCCAUUACUAGUGUCCAUGUGCUUACUGGUCGUACAGAGUGUCUGUACACCCUCUCCACCGAUCGGCGCAUCCAUUCCAAGCUGCGGGAGGAGCUCGCACAAAUGGCUACUGACACCCCGUCGAUGGAUGCGCUCGCCGCGCUCCCGUACCUCGACGCCGUGUGCCGUGAGACGCUCCGGUUGCAUCCCCCCGUCCCUUUCGCGGGCCGGGUCGCCCAGAAGGACGACGUGAUCCCACUCGAGGAGACGUUCACCGACGUGAAUGGGCGGGUCUGGGAUUGUAUCAAACCGGAGCGGUGGGAAAGCCCCCCAGCCGCGAUCUCCAAGAUCCCAGGCGUCUGGGGUAGCGUCUUCUCCUUCCUCGGAGGCAACAUAGCCUGCAUUGGGUACCGCUUCGCCAUCGUCGACCAUCUGUUCAAGGUCGAGCUCGCCGUGGCGAGGAUGUCCUUAAGAAGUCGGGGUCUCGUCACGCGGCCCAUGAUCAGGAGCGAUGCGGAGGAGAAGGCGCAACUGCCGCUGAUUAAUGCAUGUCAGCCGGAUAGCACGUCGGACCUGCGUGAUAUCGAGGACGUGAACAUGACGUUUGUUGUCUAG